GCUAAUAUUGAGCCAAGAAGGACUAUGUAUGACUAAAUGGGAGCAGGAGGAGGGAGUUAAAGCCCUGCUGGUGAGAACAGCUGAGUGGCAGCAGAAGCAAAAGAAGAAAGGGAGCUAACUCAGCGCUAGGAAGACGGCUCCCCCGGCCCCGGAGUCUGCCCACCAGGAGAUCUUGUGGGGACAGCCAAGCACCUUCUUAAUGACCCCUAAAUGUGCAAAGUGUUGAAAGCAUAACGAAUACGACAACAACAAAAGUUCUCAAAGCAGGAACUUCCAAUGAAUUGCAUCAGAUGCUGUAUGAGGAACAAUUUUUGAGCAGGAACAGCAGAACACUGGGACCUGUGAGGUUAUGGGGAGAAUUUGCUAGAAGUAACGGAAGAGGUGGCAUAACAGAGAAUCACAUCCAUCUCUCCACAACUGUAAUAGCCUCAUUCUGUGGCUUUCUCACGUAGAUUCUGUGUACUGUAUCCACAAAAGUGACCUAAAAUGCCUCUCAAUGAUGAGCAGAACAGUGACUGUGAUUCUUCGCGAUUCUCCGAAAGUGCAGCUUCUUCCAGCGACUCUGAAUACUCAAGGCAAAGUUUUACCAGUGACUCCUCAAGCAAGCCUAGCUCCCCAGCUUCAACCAGCCCUCCCAAGGUGGUGACGUUUGACGAAAUGAUGGCUGCUGCAAGAAAUCUGUCCAACUUGACACUUGCUCAUGAAAUUGCUGUAAACGAGAACUUCCAUCUGGAACGCAUUGAGCAUCCGCAAAACAGCUUGACUGGAAGAGUGAAGCAAAUUGUACACAAAGCAUUCUGGGACCGUUUGGAAGAAGAUCUGCAUGAAGAUCCUCCUGAAUAUGAGCAUGCUAUCAAGCUGUUUGAUGAAAUUAAAGAGAUCCUUCUUUCUUUCCUGAAUCCUGGCGCCAACCGGAUGCGAAGCCAAAUUUGUGAAGUCCUUGACACAGACCUCAUAAGGCAGCAGGCUGAGCAUGGUGUGGUCGACAUCCAGGGUCUUGCAAACUACGUUAUUAGCACAAUGGGGAAACUAUGUGCUCCAGUAAGGGAUAAUGAUGUAAACCAGUUAAAAUCCACUGGGGAUAUUGUACCAUUGUUGAGGCAAAUAUUCCAUGUUCUGGAUCUCAUGACAAUGGAUAUGGUUAACUUUACUAUUCAGAGCCUUCGACCUCAUCUUCAGCGAAACUUGGUGGAUUAUGAAAGAGCAAAAUUCCAAGAUAUACUUGAAGAAACGCCAAGUGCCCUGGACUUAACAACAGACUGGAUAAAGGAAUCUAUACAGGAUGAAUUAUCUUCUGUUUCCUGUGAAAUGUCUUCAUCCCCUGGUGCUGAUGGGAUCUCUAAAGCAAAUCUGAGUCCUACUCUGGUGUUAACAAACAGCUACUUGAAACUAUUGCAAUGGGAUUAUCAGGAAAAAAAUAUUCCUGAGACACUGAUGACAGAUGAAGGUCGCCUUCAGGAACUAUCAGAGAAAUUGAAUCAGUUGAAGAUCGUAGCAUGUAUCUCUCUCAUAACAACCAACAUGGUGGGUGCAGCUAUUGAAGGCAUUCCAGAUUUUGUUGGGAAACAAAAGAAGAUUUCAUUUGCCUUGCUUGAAGGCAUGAAUAAGAAGACUUUUGACUUGAAAGAAGCUCUUAAUGCAAUAGGCAUUCAGACAUGUAGUGAAAUCAGUCUGUCGCUGACUGAGAGGGGCUUCCCACCACUAAGUAAAGAAGUUGAAGCAAAUCUGAUUGGUCAGAUCUGCAGCAUUGUUGAGGAGGACAAUCCUAUCGCCUCCUUAAUUGAUAAACGGAUUCAUUUGUAUAUGAGAAGCUUGCUUUCUUCUCCAUGCUGUCAGAAGUCUAUGUCUACAAUUCCAGGGGGCCUUGCUGUGAUUCAGACAGAAACAGAGACCAUUGGAUCGCAGUUUGCCAACAUUGUCAACCUUAAUAAACAGGUGUAUGGACCAUUUUAUGCAAAUAUUUUUCGGAAACUUCUUUUCAGUGAGGCAGCAAAAAGCGAAGCAGAAGCUUCUACUAACUGAACUAUAUAGGGGCUCCUUUUUGUUUCCUUCUCACAGUAUUUAUAUUGUGAUUUUUAUUUUUCUCCACAUGCAUAGCUUAAGACGACUGUUAAUAUGUGAGAGAUAUGUGUGUAUGUCUAAGGGGAUUAGAUGAUAGAGAUUUUAUUCAAAUAAAGGUUCCCCCAAAUCAUUGCAAAGCUACUAAAUUAAAUAUAUAUAUGUUUGAAAAUAUUAAUUCUGCUUAUAAUUGAUUGUAACAUUUAUUGUACUUGUUUUCUGUAAAUGUUUUCUCCUAAGCAAGCAUUUGUGAUGUAUGCUAUAUGGAGGAUUUGGAUAAAUACUUUCUGAUUAGCCACUAAUGUGACUUUUUCAGAUUUUUAAUUAUGUGCUUUCUCCAAUACCUUCAGUACAAUGAAACAGAACAUUAUAGUUCAGACGUAAUCUGAAUUAACAUGUUGAUCUUGAUGGCACACUAUCCAUACAUGUGUGGCCAAAUCCUGAAAAAGACAUUUAGCUGACAGAGAGAAAAUCAGCAAAAUGAUUGUGUUGAUUCUGUUGCAGGUCACAGGACCAGAGGUGUCCAUCCCCGCAUGCUUUUUUGCCUAAUAGGUCACUCUUCUUCUUAAAGGCUAGCUAUUCAGCAGGGCAUAUAUUGGAGAUACUCUGCUCCAGAUGUAUGGGGAAGCUUUCUGUAGCUUAAUUGUACAGUGGUUAACACUUUCAAGCUACUCUUUGGGCCAUGUAAUGUUUUGAAUUUCCCAUGCAGUCGUGUAUGUGGGUAUAUAAUUGUGACCCAGUGCAGACAUACCACUCUAAUUUCUAAGCAUGGCUAAGAGUAGGGGUGUGCACAGACUGAGCAGCAGUUCAGUCCGAAUUUGGACUGAACCACUGCUCCCUGAACCGGUUUGGUCAAACCCAUAAGCUGGGCUAGUCAAACAGAUGAACUUGUUCGGAGUGAUUCACGAUUGAACUGCUUGAACUGGCCCAUUUUGCAGCACAUCCCUAGUUAAGAGAUCAGGUGCAUCAAAUAUCAUACUGCUUUCCCUAGCCCCUCACCUUUCCCACUUUUCUUCCCCUUCCCUUAACAGCCUUUAACCCUGGUUAGUGGUUCUGUCUGUGCUUAUCUCAAUUCUAGGACUGGUUCUGACUAUAUUUCUACCAGCCCCUUGGAAUUGCACAGGGAGGAGCAUGUGUAUACAUGUCUCCCCUUCCACGCACCCCACAAUGUCCCACCAUGCCUCCGUAUAAUUGUGUUGGAACAGUUUGUCUGAACUACACCUCACUGUGCAAUUUAAAUAUUAAGUUGCAUGGUUAGGGAUGAUUCAGACUAACUGCCUCCCAUGUGAUUAUGCGAUUCAUCGGGGUGGGAGAGAUGUGCACACACUUCUCCUAUGUGAUUCUGAGAAAACAGGAGAAAAUAUCAUCUGAUUUGGCCUAAAGUUAACAUUGAUUAGGUUCCUUCUUAAUUGGGGUCUGCAAAUCCUAUAUUAGUAUUAAUAACAAUACUAAUUAAGGACAGUACAGGUGUAGCCAUUAACCACAGUUAAGGUUUGUGGUGGAAGGAGACGGGAACUAGCAUGUUGGAAGAGAAGAGGGCUUGGAAGAGGUUUCACACGCUCUCUUUUUAACCAUGCUUAAUGACUGGAAGAAUCAUAUUUGCACUGGGAUUGUAUGGAGAAGGAUUAGUUAAUUCACAUAUACUACACUAGUCUUCCCCCCCGCUUAUGUCUACCUGAAUACAUGAUUGGUUGGAGAGAUUUGGUGAUGUGAACUGGCUUUUGACUGAAGAUUUUGUACUCCUAUUUCUUUUUAGUAGUCUGAAGUCUCUGCUCACCAAUAAACCAUCUUACCAAAUUUCAAAUCUGGUAGGUGGUUUACUGGUGGGCAGAGACUGUAGACCCUGAAAUAGUAGUUCUUAGCUCUGGGUAUCGCAAACAGAGCACCUAGUGUUGCUUUAUGAACAGGACCCAGUCCUGCCAAAGGGCUAUUUGAGAUACUAAAGCAGGCAUCCCCAAACUGCGGCCCUCCCAGAUGUUGCUGAAUUACAGCUUUCAGCAUACCCAGCCACAAAAAAUUGUGUCUAGGGAUGCUGGGAGUUGUAGUUCAGCAACAUCUGGAGGGCUGCAGUUUGGGGAUACCUGGACUAAAGAAUGGCAGGUCAGAAUCCUAACCACCACCCCAUUUCCCCAAAUGUCUUGCCAGCCAAGUCCUGUUGCACAAUAAUUGCUUCGUCUCUUUAUUACUCUCUUGCCUCUGGAUCAGUAACUGGGAUUGAAGGGAAGGCAGCACUCCUUGAUAAGUCCAGAUCUGACCCAGGUUCUGCCAGCUGACCUGUUCUUCAUGACCAACCUUCCAGGCUUCAAAACAAACGCUUUAGAGGCAAAGAAUCCUGGAUAGCACCCAGAAGGGUGUCAAAUUCUGAAGUCGGUGGAAACAUUUUGAUGUAGUAGGUUUGCUUGAGAGCCUGCAAUAUUCUUUAGAAACUAUAUAUUUUUGCAUAUCUCAUAUUAUUACUCGUUUAUUACUGUCACUGACCAGAGAUAAUAUAACACAACAAAUUCCAUGCAUAUCAAAUAAUUUGCUAACAUACUUAAAACAUAAUUGGAAAUUUAGCCAAAAAAAUGAUGCUACAUACAUUACAAUUUGAAGAUAAGUAUUAUCUGAAUUACCUGUGUCCAUCCAAUCCCACUAAUUUAAGUGCUGGCUGGUUGCACUAAUACUAAUAAUCAUUAAUGUCUGAUGCUACCCCACUUACACUAACUUCAAACCCACCAUCACAUAUAAGUAGAGAUCGCCUCAUGGCAAGCCCUGCUUGCAAUAAGACAAAAUUUGGCUCUGCUGGAAGAAAUCCUAUCAUUCUGGUCAGACAGUAAAUAACUUAAAUAGGAGUCUGAAUAACCUGGAAGGUUUGUUUUAAAAGGUAGAAUAUAGUUGCCGUGGAUGUCCCUGUAAAAAUUACAGUAAAGUAAUACAUGGGCUGAUGUUUCUAUGGGCCCUGAACUACAAUGGCAAAGAUGCUCGACAUCUGGUAAAUUCUUGCAUCUCCUUCCAAUGCUGCAUUAUGGAGAACAUUAAAGCGUGUUAGUGUCAGAGCUCUGUGAUAUUUUGGGAUCGUGACCUGACUGAGAUACCUAUCUGGCUUAUGGAAAAUAAGUUGGCCACCUAAGAAAACAUCCUUAGGAAUAAGAUCUGUUUGGUGGUCCAAAUCUAGUAGCCCAUCGAAAUAAGCACACCUGGAGUGAAACCAUAUGACUUCAGUCUGCAACCUCUCCUCCAAUGAACUUUUCUAAUUCGAGAGGAAGCUUUUGCCCAUAACCAGGGGAGCUAAUCCUAAAGGGAUAAUCUCAGAUUAUAAUAAUCUCAGAUUAUUGAAUCUGGAAGGGCUGCUGUACAUAGAGUGUAUAAUCUUCCCAUUUGUACUAGAAAAAGUCAUAACUUCUAAGAAGUAUAAUUUAUAAUAUUGGUUCACUGUGAUUCUAUUAAAUAGCAAAUGUUAGACUUAAAAAGCUUCAGUGAGUAUAGGUCUCUAAAUACUCCCUGUCAAUAUUUUGUAUUCCUACAAUGUAUUUUUGGUAAGAAUUAAUCUUUGCCUACCUAAGGGAGUCAUGCGCACUUAGUGAGUCACUUGCCAUACAGUGACUCUAGUGUAUCUAUCACAAGGAUUAAAAGGGACCUUAUAUUAAGAGCAUUGUGGUUUUAUAGGCAAACGGACAAUUUUUUAAACAGAACAUUGAACAUCCUUUAAAUAUAUAUAUAUAUAUUUAAAAUUUCUACCAAGUAUGUUUGCUUGGUUAUCACAACUCAGGCGGAUUUCCUGUUUGGAGAGGAAGGUAGAAUUAUUUCCUUCUACCUGUGAGUUUUGAUUUUGCUGUGGGAUUAAGCAUAAGGGCAACCUUCUGUGCGCUCUUCCAGAUGGUGAUAUAUUCUAACUUCUGCACAAAUUAUGAUGGAAGAUAAAAUGAGAAAUCCACACAACGUUCAAGGAUAUCAAAUAAUAAUCUUCAAAUCAAAUCUUUAUUAUGAUUAAUGACUAGCUUCAUAUAGUGAGUAAUCACUAGAUAACAAUAGUAACAAUAUCAGCUAUAAAAGAAAUUGUGCAUAUAAAACUUAUGACAUAACUCUAAUUUAUAUACUAGAGUGUAACUGACUACAGCUGUCAACACACACUAUGAAUUUUGCAAGCUGAUGCACAGAAUUUAGCAACAUUACUUGAAAUAUCAGAAUGUUGAUCGGAAAGGAGGAGCAUAAUUAAAAAAAUCACUAGUUCUUCCUGGAUACUUAAGCAUUCUUUAAUUAUAGUGUUGAUCCCAUUAGAAGGAGCAAUAUAAGAGAACAUGACCGCAUGAGCAUAUUCAAUUCACAUGUGAGAUGCAUAAUAUUCUUAAUGCCAUCUGUUGGCAAUCUGGGACAAUCCAUAGAAAAAGCAGUGUUUCUUCCCCCCGCCAACUGCUUUUAGUCUAACUUGGAGAAAACACAACUCUUUCAUGGAUUGCAGCAGAUUGCCAGCAGAUAGCUCAUUAUGUGCUGUCCUUGAACAUUGUGGGGAUUUCUUGUUUUAUCUCCUGUCAUAAUUUGUGAUGAAGUUGGAAUAUAUUGCCACCUGGAAAAGUCUUAUGGCAGAUACAUGUUCAAUAGCCUAAUUAAGGGAGCCCAGCAGUGCUAGUGACAGACACCUGUGGCUUUACAAACAACUCUCUCAAACCACACAACUGUGUUCAAGUUGCCUUUUGGAAGGGAGUCUUCCUUGCCCCGUUCUUGCCCUGUUCUUGAGGGCCAAAUUGCAUGUUAUGUUAAGAAUAUCAGAGGCCCUUGUGUGCUUGGUUUUUGUUUCCUAAAUAACCACCAGGGCAGGAGUGAUCAGGACUGGGGCUACAGCAAGGUUAAAAAGCUAAAUUCCCUUUUGCCCCCAUGCUGUAGUCCUAAUCCUGAUUGUAUUCUCUCCCCCAAUGGAUGUUUAGAAAACCCAAAUAUGCAAAGAGUAGUGAUGUGUCCAACCUAAUGUGGUGUUGGGCCCUAAGAUGUUCAGUCCAAUUAAAUUGAAAAUUAAUAUUCAUUUUUAACUUUUCUAGAGAGUUAUGCUGAUUUUGAGAGAUUCUGCAUUAUGGGAGUUAUUAUAACAAGCGUGCUAAUGAAAUUAUGUAUAGAACUAGAAGACUUUUGGUACACAGUUGGCAUCUAUUGAGAAGCAAAUAGCACCCCAAAUACUGAUAAAAGAACAUAAUUUUUUUAAACUUAUGGGGGGUGGGGACUUUCAAUAUUUUGGAUCUAAAUAUGACUAGGUUAUAUUAUAAACAAGCCUUAUUUUAAUUGUUCUGGGGUGUGUGUGUAUUUGUGUAUAUAUUCCUGGUUUUUCUUAAGCACUCUACAUACGUAGGGAAAUCAAGUGGAGUAAGUAUAUAUCUACAAGUUUCUAAUCUAACUGGGAAACAAUAUUUACAAUGAAACAUUUAUGCAGAUAAUUAAGGAACAGCAAACUCUGUUUUGUGAUUUAUUUUUUUAAUGACUUGAAAAGGGCAUUUUAUAUUGCAUGGUAUGUCCAUUCAGCAAUCUUUUGAAUGUCUCCUAACUAAUGUUCAUAGCCUUUUGGAUAUUCGAAAUAAUCAGUUGAGUUAACAUGUCCCUUUUGCAUGUUCUUUUUGCUGAAACUAUCCAAAUAUGUUUACCUACCAUUCCCCCCCCCAAAAAAAAAAUUGGCUUAAUGAAAACAAGGUAUUGUAUGUAACUGGUUUGUCAGGUGCUUUGUGUGUUAAUAUAUUUGGUAUUAAAGUCUGCUUACAAUUUUACAAAA